AUGGAGGUUACAGAAAAGGCCAUGCCCAAAAACGCCCAGCUGCUAUCUAUUGGCCACAAGGACACUUGUCGCCUCUUGGAGGUGUAUGUGAAGCGCAGCAUCAGUUUAAAUGACGGGACACGUGAGAACCAGAGGUCACCAACAAAGCCUCAGAAGUGGGUGACUCUGUCAGAGAAACACAGAAGAGUCCGCCGGCAUUCUAGAGACACCUUGAUCACCUUGGAGCCCAGCACACCUGACGUGGGUAUUGCCAGUAGCACACCACCUGACGAGGAAGUUGCUAUACCAAAUGUGCCUCGAGUAGAAAACCCUGGGCCUGCUGACAUUGCUGAGAAUGAGACGUCUACUGAACUGGAGAAUAAGUCUAAAAAGGGCAAGAAGAAGAGCAAAAAGACUUCUCUCUGGAAAGGUUUCCUGGGUUUCUUCUCGGCGAAGGGGAGUGACAAGAAAGAUGAGCAGGAGUCUGGCACAGAGAAAGAUGGACUGUCACAAGGAACCUUGCAGAAAAAGAAAUCCAUAAGGCGAAGGAGCUCCAUGAGGACACUAUCCCUGAGAAAAAGCCAGAUUGACAGCCACAGAGGGUCUGUAAAGAGACCAUUGGGUCGGGACAGGGCCAACACCACUGACAUUACUGGAGUUGAAUGUAGGUUUGAGAGGACAUGGCACCCUAAGCAAUUAUUAUCACACACUGUAUUGUAUGUUUUCUUAUUAUUGUCCUUUUGUUCAAACAUAAGAUUUUGUGGAUUUGCAAUCAUUUUAGCUUAAAACUCCUCAAUCCAGGUUGGCCUACUAGGCUAAUGGUCAAUCCUCAAAAUGGGCUUUCGUUUUUGAGAUACCCCUAGCCGGGGUAUAACAAAGUACAACCAUGUUUUUCCAUAUCUCUAAGGUUUCCCAUAUAUGAAGUUGAUGGUUAUAUACAAAUAUUUUACUGCAAAAGUGGUUACAUUGAUAGAUAUUGUGACACACCCCCUUAACUCAAACAGUGCAGAAUAAUGCCUGGCUGGAGGGGGGUGGGGCCACAUAAACUCAUGUAACCCAAUAUUGCAAGCUCUGAUAUUGCUAAAAAAGUAGUCAAUUGUCUGCCCUACAUACACAAACAAAUAGUAUUAGGAUAUCUUAACGCAUUUUGGAAAUAUAGACCUGUAAACAGAGAUACAAUAGGCAGAAGAAUCAACUAUUGAUAUUUAUGAUGAACGUUAACUUUACUUUUUGGUAGCUAUUGAAUAGACAACUUUGUGGGGUGGGGGGUAAGCUAACAUAUGGAAUUGUAUUAAGAUGGUCAUACCAUGGAUCAUUUUGCUAUUUGAUUUUUGAAUUCUAGGACCCCUGUAGGUAUAAAAAAGUAUAUAUACAGUGAGGGAAAAAAGUAUUUGAUCCCCUGCUGAUUUUGUACGUUUGCCCACUGACAAAGACAUGAUCAGUCUAUAAUUUUAAUGGUAGGUUUAUUUGAAUAGUGAGAGACAGAAUAACAACAAAAAAAUCCAGAAAAACGCAUGUCAAAAAAUGUUAUAAAUUGAUUUGCAUUUUAAUGAGGGAAAUAAGUAUUUGAACCCUCUGCAAAAUAUGACUUAGUACUUUUUGGCAAAACCCUUGUUGGCAAUCACAAAGGUCAGACGUUUCUUGUAGUUGGCCACCAGGUUUGCACACAUCUCAGGAGGGAUUUUGUCCCACUCCUCUUUGCAGAUCUUCUCCAAGUCAUUAAGGUUUCGAGGCUGACGUUUGGCAACUCGAACCUUCAGCUCCCUCCACAUAUUUUCUAUGGGAUUAAGGUCUGGAGACUGGCUAGGCCACUCCAGGACCUUAAUGUGCUUCUUCUUGAGCCACUGCUUUGUUGACUUGGCCGUGUGUUUUGGGUCAUUGUCAUGCUGGAAUACUCAUUCACGACCCAUUUUCAAUGCCCUGGCUGAGGGAUGGAGGUUCUCACCCAAGAUUUGACGGUCCAUCGUCCCUUUGAUGAGGUGAAGUUGUCCUGUCCCCUUAGCAGAAAAACACCCCCAAAGCAUAAUGUUUCCACCUCCAUGUCUGACGGUUGGGUUGGUGUUCUUGGGGUCAUAGGCAGCAUUCCUCCUCCUCCAAACACGGCGAGUUGAGUUGAUGCCAAAGAGCUCGAUUUUGGUCUCAUCUGACCACAACACUUUCACCCAGUUCUCCUCUGAAACAUUCAGAUGUUCAUUGGCAAACUUCACACGGGCCUGUAUAUGUGCUUUCUUGAGCAGGGGGACCUUGCGGGCGCUGCAGGAUUUCAGUCCUUCAUGGCAUAGUGUGUUACCAAUUGUUUUCUUGGUGACUAUGGUCCCAGCUGCCUUGAGAUCAUUGACAAGAUCCUCCCGUGUAGUUCUGGGCUGAUUCUUCACCGUUCUCAUGAUCAUUAGAACUCCACGAGGUGAGAUCUUGAAUGGAGACCCAGGCCGAGGGAGAUUGACAGUUCUUUUGUGUUUCUUCCAUUUGCGAAUAUUCGCACCAACUGUUGUCACUUUCUCACCAAGCUGCUUAGCGAUGGUCUUGUAGCCCAUUCCAGCCUUGUGUAGGUCUACAAUCUUGUCCCUGACAUCCUUGGAGAGCUCUUUGGUCUUGGCCAUGGUGGAGAGUUUGGAAUCUGAUUGAUUGAUUGCUUCUGUGGACAGGUGUCUUUUAUACAGGUAACAAGCUGAGAUUAGGAGCACUCCCUUUAAGAGUGUGCUCCUAAUCUCAGCUCAUUACCUGUAUAAAAGACACCUGGGAGCCAGAAAUCUUUCUGAUUGAGAGGGGGUCAAAUACUUAUUUCCCUCAUUAAAAUGCAAAUCAAUUUAUAACAUUUUUGACAUGCGUUUGUCUGGAUUUUGUUGUUGUUAUUCUGUCUCUCACUGUUCAAAUAAACCUACCAUUGAAAUUAUAGACUGAUAAUUUCUUUGUCAGUGGGCAAACAUACAAAAUCAGCAGGGGAUCAAAUACUUUUUUCCCCUCACUGUACACUACCGUUCAAAAGUUUGGGGUCACUUAGAAAUGUCCUUGUUUUCGAAAGAAAAGCAAUGUUUUUGUCCAUUAAAAUAACAUCAAAUUGAUCAGAAAUACAGUGUAGACAUUGUUAAUGUUGUAAAGGGCUAUUGUAGCUGGAAACGGCAGAUUUCUUAUUGACUAUCUACAUAGGCGUACAGAGGCCCAUUAUCAGCAACCAUCAGUCCUGUGUUCCAAUGGCACGUUGUGUUUGCUAAUCCAAGUUCCUAGUUUAUUUUUAAAAGGCUAAUUGAUCAUUAGAAAACCCUUUUGCAAUGAUGUUAGCACAGCUGAAAACUGUUGUGCUGAUUUAAAGAAGCAAUAAAACUGGCUUUCUUGAGACUAGUUGAGUAUCUGGAGCAUCAGCAAUUGUGGGUUCGAUUACAGAAUCAAAAUGGCCAGAAACAAAUAACUUUCUUCUGAAACUCGUCAGUCUAUUCUUGUUCUGAGAAAUGAAGGCUAUUCUAUGUGAGAAAUUGCCAAUAAACUGAAGAUCUCGUACAUUAAGAAUCAGCCAUUUCCAGCUACAAUAGCCAUUUCCAACAUUAACAAUGUCUACACUGUAUUUCUGAUCAAUUUUAUGUUAUUUUUAUGGAGAAAAUAAAUUGCUUUUCUUUCGAAAACAAGGAAAGUGACCCCAAACUUUUGAACGGUAGUGUAUAUAAAAAAAAUGAUUUACAUAUUAGUGUGUAGCCCACACUGUUUGGACAUUCCAGACAGAAUUUGGCAGAUCAGAAGGGUCCCAUGACGCUUGUGUGGGUCGUAGAGUCUCAUCUUUCCAUAGAGAUGUCAUAUUAGGUCAAACAGUUUGGACGCUUCAGACGCUUUCGUGAGAAGACCAAUUUUCAGGAUGUCUCCUGGUCUGACAAACACCACUGUAGCUCUGCAACCUUCCACCGCAAAUGCGUAAGGCCGACAUCGACGGAUGUGGUGGAUUGAGAUAGAUAUCUCUAAUUUAAACAGACUGAUUUUGAUGGGGAUUUUUUUAAUUAUGCUAAAUAGAUUUCAAUGCGGGCGUGGACUUGGUCUCGAUUUAAUAAUGUUUUGGGGAAAUUGGACCCUAGUUGACUUGGGCACUAGUUGGUAGUCCAGUUAUUAGACAGUUAUUGCAUGAAAAAAGACUGCAAAGACAAUGACCAUUCUUGUUACUUUUUACAGCGGUUUUGAGUGUGUGCCCUACUGACUCGUACUAUGAGAAAGUUUCAGAAGAGCUGGAGAAGAUUGUGCAUGAGGUAAAAGAGACAGACACAGCUCUUACAGAUGGUAAGUAUCAAUGUUCUCAUGUGUAUUGAUGUCUUAUCUAUUCAUAAUAAAAAUGACACAUUCUAUAGCAACAUACACAUUUGAUAUAUAAAGCUGUAAAGUUCAUGUGAUACAGCACAACUGUCUAAUGUAGAGUUACUACAGGUAACUUCCAAAAUAAUGGAACUACUUGAGUAAAUGAGGGAUACAAAGUAUAUUGAAAGCAGGUGCUUCCACGCAGGUGUGGUUGCUGAGUUAAUUAAGCAAUUAACAUCACAUCAUGCUUAGGGUCAUGCAUAAAAAUGCUGGGCAGGCCAUUAUUUUGGCUACCAUGGCUAGGAUGACAAUGCCCCCAUCCACAGGGCACGAGUGGUCACUGAAUGUUGAUGAGCAUGAAAACAAUGUAAACCAUAUUCCAUGGCUGUUUCAGUCACCAGAUCUCAACCCAAUUGAACACUUAUGGGAGAUUCUGGAGCGGCGCCUGAGACAGCGUUUUCCACCACCAUCAACAAAACACCAAAUGAUGGAAUUUCUCAUUGAAGAAUGUUGUCGCUUCCUUUCAAUAGAGUUCCAGACACUUGUAGAAUCUAUGCCAAGGUGCAUUGAAGCUGUUCUGGCUCGUGGUGGCCCAACACCCUAUUAAGACAUUUGAUGUUUUCUUUAUUUUGGCAGUUACCUGUAUGUUUACCUACUGUAUGUUUUCUAUCCAUUUCUUCCAGAGGAAGUCAUCAAAAGGAUCAUUGUUCUGAUGAAGCAGCAAGGAGACAUCAUUGAUAACAAGGUUUAUGUUUAAAACCUACAAAAAAAGAUUGCAUUUGAGAAACUUAACACAGUCUUUCUUUGACACUCAAUGCAUCUUUCACAUUUAGGAUAGCUUGCUAUAGGCUGGGUAACAGUCUGAUUGUGCUAUCAUUCCACUUCUUGUAAUCUGACAUAUGCCAAACAUGUUUGGUAAAUUACACAGACUACAAUGAGUGGAACGUUAGCACAAAACAGGUCUGGAUUUUAGUCUAAACUUGCUAUUUCCUAAUGGAUAAUAACGAAUUAUAUUCUAUGGUCAUGAAAGUAUGUCCUCUCUCCAUAGCUGAAGGAGAACCCCAGCUUGAGCUCAUUCUUCCAGAAGCUGUCCUACAGCACCUUCCAGCAGUUAGCUGAUACGUACGUGGAGACAGAGACCCCUACAGGCCAGAGCCGCCAGACACGACACACUGCUGGGCCUGGGCCCGUCAACGCCCCGGAGCUGGUCAAGCUUGCCUUCACUCUGGACUUCACAGCCAGGGUGGCCUGUCUCUCCAGGCAUUCCAAAGGCCACAUCAUGGGCAUGGGCCACCGCUACUUAGAGAACCGCUUCACACAGACACAGGUAACAACACCAGAGGCGAGAGUCAGACCUUUUUUUCUCUUCUAUUCAAAUGAAUGUAAUUAUGUGCAAAUAAACCAAACUAGAGAGGUCAGAAGGGAUUGUGGGGGUACUGCUGUGACACACGUAACAACACCAGAGGCCAGAGCCAGCCUUCUGUUUUCUUAAGUUAAAACAUGUUUUGUACCCAACCAGACUCUACAUGACCUGUAACCACAGUGCUGUCACCAGGUGACUCAAGGAAGACCAAAUAUGUUUCUAAUGACAUUUAUGUUGCUUUUCAGGUUAAUCCAGAUCAGACGUUGCAUAAAUAUGAUGAUCCUAAUCAUUGA